AUGUCCACAACCACGAACGACGUACUUUCCUGGACAUCUCAAGACCCCCGUGAGAGCCAACUCUUCAACUCUUGGGGAGUAGUCUAUCGCUUCCACACGGAAGCCAACGCUCAAGGCCAGAGUGUCACGACAGUGUGGCGUGCCAUUCGACCCAAUAAAGAAGAUCGUGUAGCCAAGCUCGAAUGGGCACCCAAUGGUGGCCUAGGACGUGCUGUCAUCGGAAAGCAUAUUGUGCCAAUGGCGGAUCUCGUCCGUCGCGACCCUCGCAUCUCAAACUGCAGGGUAUUCAAUGGCCCUGACGGCUUUCAGUAUCGCUGGCGGCCAAGCCAGACCAGCCAAGAUAUCGUCUUACAAGAUCCCAACAGCAACAUUAUAGCAUUUGUUCGCCCCACCUCCCCUGUACGCUAUCCCGGAAUUGGAGAUGUCCAUGCCGAGCUGCACUUUGUUCGCGCGGCCGGUGCUGGUGUCGUGAUGCACCCUCCGCUCAUGGACACCGUCACAGUGACGGCCAUGCUUUACCGUUUCGCUUCGGCGUUCAAUCUGUGA